CAUAGAAGUCAAAUCCAGUGGUACGUAAAAUAAUUAACACCUACUAUUAAUUAUAGAGGAUCCAAAAAGUUCGGAUAAUAAUUCAAAAUUAUCGUUAAACUCACUUACGGUACGCACGCUAUGUUAUAAUUACUUUAAAACUUGUAACAUGAUAGAUUUUGUAUCCAUUGAUUUCAAAAAUCUGUAUAGCUAAAGAAUUCUCAGUAUAUUGUCGCGCAAUAUGUUACAAUUUUGAUAUCAUAGCCUUCUGCAAAAAAACUCUUAUCUAAUCUAUAUAUGUAAGGAAUAUACUGAAUUGGUGGUUAGAAAAAUCACAUGUAGACUAAAUUCAUUCGCCAAUACAUUUAUAUUCGCUGUUUAUACCGUUUUCUACGUGACAUUGCUGUCUUCGCCUGCAAAUCAUAAUAAGAUGAUAAAAGUAAAAGAUCGUAGAAGUAAAUAUCGCGUGGUUAUUAAAUUACGUAUUAUUCUGUGAAGAAGUUUUGCUUUCAAUUUUCUAGAUACUUUUCAACUAAAAUGUAGUAAAAAAGGAGGAUAUUAAAAACAUGUUGAUUUUUACUUUCCGAGCGGCACAUCUAGAAAAUUUAUAUUCUCUUAUAGUUUUUGUCUCUUUGAAUUCGAUUUUAAUAAUACAAUUUUAUGCUAUCGAAAAAAUCGUUAAAUUAGUAUAAAAUUAUCGAAUGUAAAAACGUGCGUAAAAAGCAAACGGAGUGACUGUCUCAGGUAGAACAGAAUAACGGUGAACAAUAGAAUAGACGUAAAUAUGCAAUGACAAUAAAACGCAAAGUGUCAAAGAGCACAAGGCUAGUGGUCAGGAAAAAACUGCGCGCGCAAGGGUCCAAGGAUAAUUAGAUGUACAUGUUUCGUAAAAUUCUGGAAAGUUCGACCACGCUACAUUUUUCUAAAGACGAUGCACGGAUCGUUAGUAUCAUUUUGACUGUAGAAAGGGAUAGACAGCAUCAAACACGAAUGCAUGAAAAUAUGGAAGAAGAUAUUAUUGAUUCAGAAAAUACAGAAAAUGUUGCGAUAGAGCAAUUGAGAAAAGAGUUAUGGGAUUUGAAAACUCUCGUAUUAAGGGUCUUUAAGAAAUACCACGAAAGUGAAUUAAAUUUCACAUUACCUAUAAAAAGUAUCGAUGACUUGACGUAUAUUGAAGAUUCAUUCGAAACAUGGUCAAAAUUAACAACCAUAGCAUUGCUAAAGGUAUUCAGGAAAGAAUUGCAAAAAAAUAUAGAAAAUAAUUGUGACACGUUGGAAGAAGCAAUACAAAAAUUGUUGCAAAAUUUAUUUGACGACAGUUUCGUUAUUCACUGCUAUUGGAGAAAAUCCUAUAAUCCAGCAGAUAUAUAUCAAUUAGAAUUUUCGAAUCUUAUUGCUUGCGUAUAUAUUUCCUUGGAGAAGAUAUGGCCCGAGUUUACAGAAAAGCAAUUUGAAUAUGUUAUAACGAAUUGGUUGCAGACUACGAAGGCAAAGUUUAACUCUUCAAUACUUGAAACGGGAUAUAACAUCUAGAAUGUAUAAUUAAUGAUGCAAAAAAAUAGAAAAAUG